AUGCUCAAGUGUCCAAAGGUGCUGGCCCUUUGUAUCCUCAUGAUCAUAUGGACACCAACUUUCAAGUGCAACCAGGAAUACCAGCUCUUCGAGUUUUUCGCGGGGAACGCCAACCUGAGCAAGUGCGCCAGGGCCAGUGGGCUGACAACGGCAUCGUUUGAUAUCCUUUUCGAUGCUCAGAAACCUGGUCGCUCAUAUGGUUCCAACAGCAUGGACAUCCUGUCAGACUCCGGUUUUGCGCUGUGCCUGCAUUCUUUGCUGUGCUCCGCGGAAGAGUUCCUUGCAACGUUUGCGAUCAAGUGUUCGUCUUGGUCCGCGGUAAACCGCGGGACCAGCUUUCGAACACCAUGUACUUCAAUUGGGUAUGAGGAGUACGAAUCCGUGUACACCAGCAACACCAUGGCUGGCCGGCUAUGUUUACUCCUGAUUGUGGUGACGGCCCUGGGUGGAGCAUGGUUUGUGGAACAGCCCGAGCAAUCAGUUCUGGAAUACUUUCCACCGUUCCAAUCCCUACUUGCCCAAAUAUUCGAAGCCAACCGUGGGACUGCAGUAUUCCGUGCCAAGUGGUACAUGGCCCACUACGGAGGCUUGAGUGCCAAGCCGCACUACGCUUGGGGCAACAGUCCCCAUUUGUCACGCCUCUGCCUUGGUCCGCUUCUGGGGCGGCGUGCAAAGCAACCGUAUGAGGGGCCCCUGAAGGUGAAAACCUGCAAGACCUAUAAAAACAAAAAGGGAGAGACCUGCUAUACUGGAAACAGUAACCUUCGCAAGUCAGAGCAAUAUCCUGUACGGUUUGGCUUCAAGAUUGUUGAUCUCUAUUCCGAUCUUGUGUCGUCAGCGUUGGGAAAAACACCUGUGCCCAAAGUGACUCCGAAAGCCACCGAGUCGUAUGAGGGAAUGCCAGAUGAAAUCGGCGCCCUAGACUAUGCCCAGGUAAUUAACGUAUUCAAUUAUCUCCGUCAGGGAAAAGACCUGAUCAUCCCAAAUCAAUGGUCGCAUUUGGUUCCAAAGCCUUUGCUUUGA